AUGCAAACACAACAAGAUGUGAUGAAUCAGGCUUUAGAACAAGAUUGGUUUCGGGAUCGACCGGAAUUGAAGGCAAUAUUUGAAGAAUUUAUUAAAAUUCCUCCGAAAAUUGAUUUGAAUAAGCCAUCGAAAAUACUCAAUGAUGAAUUAAAAAUUCAGCCAAAUGCGGAAAAUCAAACAGGAGAACAACUUGAAAGAAAUAUUCCCGAAAUUAGUCAAACAGCAAUACAAAAUGAGGAUCAUUCAUUAAUAAUUUCAAAUCAACGACAACACGAAAUUUCCCAUAACAAAAAACAAAACAAGCCUAAAAUUAGGAACAAAAAAAAAGUGAAAAAACUUCAAAAACAAUCAAUCAGUUCCGAUGGAAUGGACAAUAUCACCAACCAAUCUAUCUCUGUUAGUGACAAUACAGCCAAAGUAGACACAUUACAACCUCGUAGCAAAAAGAAAGAUAUUCAAAAAAGAAAGAAACAAUCAUCUAAAAGUAAUGAGGAACAAAAGACGAAAAAAAAGAAAAUAGAGAAGGAACCUGAGAAGCCAGUAGUGAGGGAUUUGUGUAAAUUUUUCCUUAGUGGUCAUUGUUAUAAGGGAGAUUUAUGUCCUUUUCUGCAUGAUAAGAAGUUAUUUCCAUGUAAAUUUUAUCAUCUCUACAAUAGCUGUAAAAAAGGAGAGUUAUGUGAAUAUUCUCAUCAAACACCUCUUAGUGAAGAAUAUCGACAAUUAUUGAUAAAUACUGAAAAGAAAAAGGAAAUUCCACAAGACCAGAAACCCACAAAUAUUUUGCAACAACCCGUACUUCCAUUUAUUGAGACUAAUCCGUCUGACGAUCAUUCCAUCAACACUGGUUAUGAUCCAUUUGUUGGAGGAACGUUUCAAAAUCAUGUUCAACCACUUGCAGCAUCUUCAGAUGCUCCAAUUUUGCCAUUUAACCUUCCUAAUCAAUAG